UCUCUUUAUUGUGAGGACUGGCAGCACUGUUCAGUAAUGGCGCUGUCCAUGAAACAAAACAGAAGGUUGCCAAAGUGUGAAUUUAGCCAGGUGACAUGGAAUGAUGACUUGUUUGUCACAAAUUGACGUAUGUUUACUGUUUAAAUGACAUAAAAUGGAAAAAAGACAGAAGAUAGGUCGUGAAUUAGGAACACAGGCAAAGUUCAAGCUAAAAGGUGGUCUUAAGCCAAUCAGAAAAUUUGAUGAUUCUGAUUUAAGAAAGUUAAGAAAAUCUGAGGUUGGCAUCAAAACAAAAAUGGUAACUCCUGAAAUUGGUGCUGUAGUGCCGAGAUCAGUACCUAAUCAUCUACUGAUGAUAUCAAUAUUAGAGCAUCUUUGUUUUAUGUAUACUAGAAAUGUUCGUACUGGACAUAAAUUGUUUAAAGUAUUAUGUGACCAGUUAACUAAGUUAAAUAUUGUAUCACCUGUUAGUUGUGUUGAUGAGAUAAGUGGUAUUAGAGCUAAUUGUAGACAAUAUAUACAUAAUAUGAUGCAUGCUGCUCUAGAAGAUCUAUAUAAUAAUGGUGAUAUUCUGGCAUUACCUCCCACAUUUGAGGUUGGAAAUAUAAAAUUGAAUAAUCAGUUGACCCGAGUAAGAUCUGAAGAUCUUAUUAAUAUGCAAAACUCCAGAUAUUCUGAUGAUUUUAUUGAGAUAGAGAAAUUAGGAAAAGGUGGAUUUGGAUCUGUGUAUAAGGUGAAGAAUCGUCUUGAUGGAAGAUUUUAUGCCAUAAAGAAGAUAAAAUUUAAACAUAAAAGACAUGAACAGUUGUUAAAGAUAUUGAAGGAAGUGAAAACAUUAGCAGGUUUUCAUCAUACUAAUAUUGUUGGUUAUAAUGCAGCUUGGCUGGAAUAUACAAAUAGCCCUUCAUCUAUUCAAACUAGUAGAAGUUCUUCAAGUCAGGCUGAGUUCAGUGCUUCUAAAGAGAAAAGUUUCAGUCAUAUAAAUGAAGCUAAUAGUAGAAGUUUUGAUAUAGAUUUUCAAUUAGAUUCUGGUAGUGGAGACGAAUUAGAUCCUGUAACAGGAAAGCAACUACAUAAACAUUACAACACGUCAAAAUGUACAAUAACAGAAAUUACAGAAGCUAGUGAUAAAACAACCAUUCUUGAGCAUAACGUGCAACACAAUAUUGACGAGGAUUCCCAUGGCAUCUCUCAAUCUAAUACUGACAAUUUCCUUGAUGAAGAUACCAAUAUUUCUACAACAGAUAACUUAGAACAAGAACCAGAUAAUAAAUUGUUUUUUCGGACAUUAAGAAAUAAGCAUUUAGACAAGAGUCAGGAAAUGUCACAUUCCAGUGACAUUAUCUUCUUAGAUGACUGCUCAAGUGAUGAAAACCAUAAUUCUCCAAAAAAUUCAAAUAUAUCCAAGGAAUCUCCGAGUGGCAGACUUGCACCUAAUAAUGUGUUAAAUACAAAAUACAAAGAAAAUUCUGAUACAGAUUCUUCUGAUUCUAUUGACAUCAGUUCCAGUAAUAGUGACAGUCCACGAAAUAAAGACAAUCAUGUACAUGUGCACAUAACCGGCCAUUUUUCAUCAAAAUUGUAUGAUAGUACAUCAUCAUUCAUAACUAUUCCACAAAAAUCUAAAGAUGAUAUUGAUUCGCCUAAAGUUAGUCCUAAAGAUCGUGUAGUGCCAUAUAGACGUAGUGUUAGUGCUGAACCACUGAGUGAUACUGCAGGCAUUCGAAAUCAUUUUGUCGAUAAUUUUCCACAUCAGCCAAUUGUACAGCUAUAUAUACAGAUGGAGUUAUGUCAACAAACAUUACAGAUGAGAUUAUUUAACAGAAAUAGUCAAUUAAAAGACAUGAAAGAUCUAGUGGAUUAUAAAGAAGAAAAUUUAAAAAUAAUUCAUCAGAUUUUAACUGGUGUUGACUAUAUCCAUUCAAAAGGACUUAUCCAUAGAGAUCUGAAACCACGUAAUAUAUUUUUAUUAGAGCCUGGGUUACAUGUCAAAAUAGGUGAUUUUGGUUUAGCUACAGAAGAUGUAUUAGGGGGAGUAAGUAAAGAUACAAUUAUAGCCCCAUCACCAGAUGUUAAAGACCAUUUCAAACUAGAAAAUUUAACGUCUGGCGUAGGAACAUCAACUUAUGCUGCACCUGAACAGUUGACUGGCAGCUCUUAUGACAGUAAGAGUGAUAUAUACAGUAUUGGUGUUAUUCUGUUCGAAGUAUUUAAUGUUUUUAAUACAGAAAUGGAGAGACACCGUUCUAUAACUGGUCUUAGAGACAGGUGUUAUCCACAAAUACUUCAUAGUUAUUGGCCAGAUGUGUGGGAUGCCAUCAUGAAGAUGACAAAUACAAUACCACAAGAUAGACCAACAGCUAAUAGUCUGUUAGAUAGUCAACUAUUUCUUACAAAAGAUCAGAUGAUAGCAUCCUUACAAAAACAGUUAAGAGAGAAAUGUGAUUAUAUUACUCAACUUGAAAAACAAAUAAAAGAUAAAGAUGACUUAAAUUACCAACUUAAAAGAAGAUUAGAAAAGGCUGAUUCACCAGAGAAAUUAUUGAAAGAAUUUGAGAAACUUGAGAAACUCUCCAAUUAAAAACUAGUAUACAAUUUGCAAUUCAAUAGUGAAAUUACCGGAACUGUAGAUAAAUUCUGUAACUAAUACUCUAAAGUUACCCAAAUUUCUUUGAUCAAUAAUUUAAACAUUUAGGAAUCUGGACCCAGGUCCAUAAAGGUUUACUCUAAUUUCAAUUGCUUUCAGAUAUGCUGUUCAAGAUAUUGUCAUUAUUUUAUUUUCCAAAAUAUAUUUUCAAGCUAUUUUAUUUUAGGCACAGGGGUAUGUAGGUUAAAAUUUAAGAAACUCUCAAGUUGAGCCCAGAUGCAUGCAUUCAUUCAAAAAGAUAUCAUAGUAUAAUGAUCAGAAAUGCUUCAAAAAUAAUGUCCCAAAUUAAAACAAUUGUGUGCAAUAUCGCCUUGUGUGGAGGAAUUUCUUAAGUUAAAUCCUACUCAUAGAAUUUCCAUUUUUUUUUUUACCUCUCAAUAAUGUGUUAAAAUUAUCCUAUUCUUGACUUUAAUAUUUUUGGAGGAUUAUUUUGUGUGUGUGGAAUAAUACAUAAUACUGUGAUAAUUUGUGUACAUUAAUGUAUUUAAUAGAAAACUAUGCACAAUUCUAGUAGAAAUACAUGCUUAUAUAGUUCAGUUUAGUAAUAUUAAUUUAACGAUAUCAAUCUAAUUGUAGAUUUAGGGAUUUAACAAUCAACCACAUAUGAUUCAUGAGAGCAGGACAGUUGCCCCUUAUCCCCAACCAAACCCCUAGGAGAAUUGUCAUUUAUGUGCCAAUAAAUAUGUAUUAUUGAUAUAAAUUGUUAUCAUUAUUUUAUGAGAAGACAUUAAUUAUGUCAUAGAAUUCCAAUGGAAAUGCUAAAAAAUGUAUAAAUUGAAACAGGAUUUGAAAUGUGUUUUAAUGUUUUACUUUUCUGGACUAGCAAGAAUAAUGUACAUACAUCAUGCAGUGUGUCUGGAGGCCCUGGACAGUGCUGUUUCAGCCUAUUCUUCAUCACAGUAAGGAUUCUUACUGUAAACUAAGGGAUAUAUAUUCAUUGUCCCAUCCAAACGACUAGAUGCUCCGUCCUGCCCCAUGUAUUGACACUAUAACAAAUUAUUCACCAAGAAAGAAAAUUAUUUUAUUAUGAUUUAUUAUCUAUAUUUAUUGAUGUUUUGUUAAGUUUAGUUUAUGAUCUUCUUUUGUUAGAUAAUGGCUACUAAUUUAUAUAAAAGGUAUUGAUGUUUAUGUAAAAGUUACUCUUUAUUUUCUGUAUUUCAAAAAAAUUGAAGGCCAACAAUUAUUGAAUGAACAUAUAAAUUUGCGCAAGAAGGUUUUAUCAUAUAAUUUAUCCUCAAAUUUUAAAAAAAAAUUAUAUUUCUGAUAAAUCUUUGUUAAUUUUGAUGUCAACAAUAAUUAUUUAUGUAAUUCCCAUUUCAGAAAUAGCAGUAUGUUUAAUAGAAUUCAAUAAUUAUUGUUUUUGAAUAGUAUUUUUUCAUGGUUUUAUUAUAUAUGCUCACAUUUCAUGUAAGAAUAUAUUAUUGUCAUUCCAAUUAGUCCAAAAUUCUUGUAAAUGCAGUCCAGCUCUCACGUCAGAGUUUUUAAGAUAGUUUUUGAAAAAUUUGUUGGGGGUUUAGCUAGUACAAACAAGGAACAGUAUCAAAAUCAGGCAAUUGUUUUGGCAGAGUUAACAGCCAUAUUACAGAAAUCUUUUAAAUGCACUUGUAAGUGCUUGUAUUUUUUUGUGCAGUUAUAGGGGAAAUCUGUAGGUCACUGUUUUUGAGACUUUUCAUUUAAACUUUUCCGGAUUUUGUAGUUUAUCGUGUGGUUAUUUCCCCCGAUUCUAAAAACUAAAAGGUGGACUAUAUAAAGACCCUUGGCAACCUAUAUUCUUCAGUAUUAUCAUUAUCAAUAAUACAGUUAUCACAUUGUUAAUAAAAUAUUGAAAUAUGUAUAAA